AUGGAUUCUAUUGAGCAAUUCGAUAAGGAAUUAGGCAAAGACAAAAAAGUCCUGACCAAUCAAAAUAGUGUGCGCCGUAUAAAACCAAUCCAAGUAUUUGUAGAUGCAAAUUAACUAUCUUUGACUAAGAAGAUUAAAUAUAACUCACAUAUAUCAUAGGCUAGUUUACCCUCUUAUAAAUUGCAAUAAGAUAAUUAUUCGACAGUUAAUUAUGAAUCGAUUCCAAUUCAAUAGUUUGAACCUAGAGUUAUGAAAAAGAGAUAAUAGAUAUAAGUAGUCUCACCGAAUUUCUUAAGCUUUACGGAAAUUAAUUUCAAUGAAAUGAAAUAUCCGGUAUUUAGUCAUACUCCUAGUAGAUCAAAUGUAUUACUUGCUAAAAAAUAGAAGUUCAAUUAGAAAACAAACGACAUGCAUAUCAGUAAAGACCCUGCUUUCACAUCUUUUGAGACUUAAAAUAAACUUAACAUCAAAUAUAAGAUUCCCCAAAUUAAAAUAAAAGGAUUUGACAUUUAAAAGAAAGAAAAGAGGUAGAGCUUGAGCAAUUACUGCCUUCCAAAGCUAAGGUAGAGAUAAUUAAAUAAUGAGUCCAGCAAGUAAAUAUCCCCUCCUCCAAAAAUAGCUCUACAUAGACCUCUUUUAUCUAUUAGUGUUAGUCAAAAUCAAAUUUACUUAGAUAGAAAAGUAACAACAAUACACAAUGAAACAGAGAAAAACUCAAGGCAGAAUACUAAUAAAUACGAGUCUAGAAAAAAAAUAAAGCUAAAAAGCAAAAAAUCAAAAUAAUAAAAACAAUAAGAGCAAGUGCUGACUUACAAAUCUAAUCACAUGAAGCUAGUUGAUCUUUUUAAUGAUGAUGAAUAGCCUAUACAAGAAGAAUAAGCUAUAGAAGAGCCUUAAAUGCUAGAGAUACUUGAUUUUGGAAAUGCAAACAUAGUCAAACCCUAGCCAAUUUGGCUCUAGCAACAAGUUAAAAAUUAGAGAUAAAGUUAGAUAGAGUCAGGAUAAUAUAGAUACAGCAGGGGUAACACCUACGAAAUGGGAAGGUGGCAGUAACUAAACUUCUUAGAUUAUGGAUAACUUUAUUGA